CAACCGCAUUUCCAUUUUAACGUUCGCGUUCACGCAUUCUGUCCCAAAAAUGUUCGAUUCAAAAGCGCAGUUCUGCGCUGUCAAUUUCCUGGGGUCAAAAGGCAUGGUGGUGUUGGGGAUUGUAGUUACGAUUGCUGCUUUAAUCAACGCCGUGAUCACCAUUGUCUCCAGCCUCAGUGGCCUGCCUGAAUUAAUCUACCCACGCACCCCCGUGAAUCCGUCUGUCGCCACUUUCCUGUUCGUCCUUGCUAUCAGUUUGCAUUCUGAACAUGGCGGAUUCUUCGCGCGCCAGUGCACCAAGCACAUGACCUCCAAGCAUAAGUGGCUCAUGCGUUUUAUGUGCGGCUUGCUGGCCACCCUCUGCCUGAUACUGCUGGUACGCUCGUUCGAUUACGCCCUGGUGGGCCCACGUGAACCUAAUUACUUCCAAAAAGAACAAGCGCUCAUGGACAAGGUGCAAGCAGUAAUUGCUAAGGCUCAAAAUCUGCAACCAAUAAAGGUCAAGGCUCAAGAAGGUGUCGACACAAUGCGGCGAUUUUUGGAAGAGAUGAAGCAGAACAUCAGCACCAUACCCCCUCACAGCAAUGACACCGCUGUAUCGCUUACCAUCAGCUAUUACGAGCGGGCGCUGGCGGAGUAUCUCGAAAACUUGGCAGAGGAGAUGGAAGCCAUUAUGAAACGCAGCAACAACACCGAUACCGCGCCGACCAUCAAAUAUAAUAACCCGUGGGAGGAUGCCGUGCGGAAGGCAUGACCGUUGUCCGUGCACAGCCUCAUUCUGGCUUUCUACGUAUUGACUGCAUCCGUUUUCCUCUUCGAGUCCGUCUUUGCCGGACUGUUCUGGACGCGCUUGGCUCCCUAUGGUGCGGAGUAUGAGACAUUGUCCACUUCUAACGGCCACCGUCACUGCAAAAAACGUGGUUUUUGGGAUGAGCUGGAAUUCACGAAAUUGGCUCCGGCUGGUGGAAUAUGCAUUAAGUGCUCCGCGCCGCGGGGCUGGCGUUCGUAUACUAUUUUCGUAGGCAUGUUCAACGCCGGUAUGGUGGUAGGCAUGAUACUGGCAAUUUACUUUUUGCUCCUGUAAACAGCCGGUAUGAUGCUAACAUUAAAAACGUUUUUACAUCAUUAUUAGGGAAUCUAUAUGCGUUAGCUCUACGAUGUCUUUGUAAUUAUUGCUGCUUCCACAUGUGAUUUUUUUGCCGCCCCAUGAGCUAUUUUCGCAAAUUUUAGGGGAGCUGUAAUUAAUAAGUCGGUUCUAUUUUGAUGCCUCUCUGUACAGAACUUUGUGACGUUGUAUAGACGCCAUGAGUCAUGAGGAUAAUACUAACGAGUCACGAUAACUUUUCGUGUUGCUUGUUUAUAAAUUCUGGCAGUGUUAACAGUAAAAUAUUGUCGAAUAUGACCACCGAGGUGCUUGCAUUAGAUCAACUACAAUUAUUAACAUCGGCGUUUAAUUCUUGUCAUCCUACAAUUACGUUCUUGCAUGUUAUCAUUAUCAGACGCUUGCAUGUGAUCAUUACUGCUUUCUUACUUUCAGUUGUUUAAUAUCGCUUUAAUUAUUAUGAUAUUGUUUUUGCUCUUUUGAAUGUAUCCAUUCAACCUGAUGUCCGUGAUGUCAAAUCAGCGCUGUACUGUAUCUGUAUAUGUAUGUACAUGCAUGUAUAAAAAGCGCUGCGACGUUGCCGAAA